AUGGAGACCAUAAUUGCACAUGUGCGCGAGGGCAAUUUACAAGAGGUCCGCCUGUGGUUGGAUGAUAUCGGGAACGAUGUGAACCAGGGAGAUGAGCAUCGGUUCAGCCUGCUACAUUGGGCUGCGCGUGAGGGCAAACUGCCCGUGGUUGAUUUGUUGGUCAUGCGUGGAGCGCGGCUGAAUGCCACCAAUAUGGGUGACGAUACGGCACUGCAUCUGGCCGCCUCACACGGUCACAUUGAUGUAGUUCACUUUUUGCUGAACUGUCAUCGUUUCAAUGUGGACAUGCCAAACGAGCACGGGAACACACCGUUGCACUAUGCUUGCUUCUGGAAUCAUUUGGAAAUUUCCGAAUAUUUGAUAAAAAAUGGAGCCUGUCUGAUGCAAGAGAACAAAUACGGUGAAACCCCAUUGGAAAUAGCUCGUCCACGUGCUGCCACCCUGUUGGCUCCACUGGCCGAGGCUCUCGGUCACGAUCUGUCCCAUCGUCGUCCGUUCCGUGAUACCAGUUGGAUCGGGACCAAAACCAGGGCUCGGGAUGCAACUUUGUACAAGCUAGACGGCGAAUCGUGGGAUCCGCGAGAUGUGGAACUGACCGGCGCUCUUGCCGAUGGUCACGGAGCUGAAGUAUUGAAAGGCUCGUUUCGACGUUGUCCGGUUGUGGUGAAAAUGCUGAAGCUACGCAACUGUACAGUUCGUCAGGCCCGAGAUUUCAAAGAAGAGUUCCCGCGUCUGCGUAUUUUCAAUCACCCGAACAUUCUGCCUGUGCUGGCCAUUUUCACGGCCACACCUAGACUCUGUUUGGUCAGUGAUUAUAUGCAAUAUGGCAGUUUGUUUGAUGUGCUCCACCAACGCGUGGAUACCGUGACCGAUGGAAAUGUCGGCGCGGUGGAGGUCAGUCAACGUCAGGCAAUGCGAUUCGCCGUCGACAUUGCCAAAGCGAUGGAAUUCUUGCAUAGUCCGGAGCUGAAAGUGCCCAAUUUCCGACUGAAUUCGAAGCACGUAAUGGUGGAUGAAGAUAUUGCUAAAGUAGGCAUUUUCGAUCCGGAGUUGAUGGGGCGAGAGGCCACCAGUGAUAUGCAAGCGUUGCGCGAUGAAUAUCUGAUUGCUCGACUGGAUAUGGCUGACUAUAAAUUCUCGUUCCAUGAGAAAGCACGCGAGUAUAAUCCGGCCUGGAUGUCUCCAGAG